AUGCUCACAAAGAACAACUAUGACAAUUGGAAUAUCAAGAUGAAUGCGCUACUAGGAGCUCAAGAUGUGUGGGAUAUCGUUGAGAAAUACUUCAAGGAGCAAGAUGAAGUCGUACUAAGUCAAGGUGUAAAGGAGACAUUGAAGGAGUCAAGAAAGAGAGACAAGAAAGCUUUUUUCCUUAUUUAUCAAUCGGUGGAUAAAGAUACAAUUGAAAAGAUCUCCAACGCAAUGACGGCCAAAGAAACAUGGGACAAGCUUCAAACUUGCAACAAAGGAGUGGAGCAAGUGAAAAGGAUUCGUCUUCAAACUCUUAGAGGUGACUCUCAACGUUUAUUUAUGGAAGAGCCCAAGUCAAUUUCUGAUUACUUUUCUCAAGUAUUGGCAGUAGUCAAUCAACUUAAAAGAAAUGGUGAAGAUGUUGAUGAGGUGAAAGUUGUGGAGAAAAUACUUCACACUUUAAAUCCAAGUUUUGACUUCAUUGUUACCAACACUGAAGAAAACAAGGAUUUAAAAACCAUGACUAUUAAGCAACUCAUGGGUUCCUUACAAGCAUACGAAGAAAAACAAAAUAUAAAAAUUAAACAAAAGGAGGCUAUGGAACAACUACUACAACUCAACGUAAAGGAAGAAAAUUAUGUGAAUUACAAGAGCCAAAAAGGACGAGGUCAUGACCAAGAUGGUGGACAUGGUCGAGGACAUGGAGGAGAAGGAAGAGACGGUCACAAAAACUCCUCCAACAACUUCAACAAUGGAGAAAGAAGUUUGAAUCCAUAA